GACUUGUGUCAAGUCUACUCCUUCACCUGACAACGCGUGUCGGGGUGCCCAGGCCAUGUUCCGGUGAGGAGUCUACAGCUGUCAUAGCAUGCACAAUGUUAAACAACGACCUGGCAGGACCAAUCCGCAAAACCCGCCUCCCAGGGAGGAGGGCAUGGGGGAACCACAGAAACCGAAAGUCAAUUUGGUCAAGAAGUCCAUGUGCUCGGCCAGCUACCUGGCUUCGGCCAUCAAGACACUUGGCCUUGUCAUCUUCUACUUCACCUUCUCCAUCAGCCUCACCUUCUACAACCAGAAGUUCAUCAAGGCCUUCCACUACCCGCCGCUGACCAUCACAAUGACCCACCUGGUGUUCAAGUUCAUGUCUGCUGGCGUUGUUCGCAGCAUCCUCGAGUGUCGCAAGAAGGAGGAGAGGGUGACUCUCUGCUGGACUGACUAUGUAAAGAGGGUGGCGCCCACUGGUAUAGUCAGUGCACUGGACAUUGGUCUGUCAAACUGGAGCUUUGAAUUCAUCACAGUUUCAUUAUACACCAUGUCCAAAUCAACAGCCAUCAUAUUCAUUCUCGGAUUUUCAAUUUUACUGAGGUUGGAGAAAUUUCGCUGGAGCCUGGUCAUGGUCAUCCUGUGUGUUGCUGUGGGCCUGUUCCUCUUCACGUACAAGUCAACUCAGUUCAACCUGGAGGGUUUCCUCAUGGUGAUCACUGCAUCCUUCCUGUCGGGGCUGCGCUGGACGUUAGCUCAACUGGUCACCCAGAAACAGGAAGUAGGCCUGGGUAACCCGCUUGACAUGAUGUACCACGUACAGCCCUGGAUGAUUGUUGGCCUGUUUCCGCUGUCUGCAGCGUUUGAAGGUAUGGAGGUAGCAACAAGAGAAGAAUUCUUCCGCUGUGAGGACCUGGGGAUGUUCAUGACCACGGCUGGGCUUCUCCUGGCCGGGGCGAGUCUUGCCUUCAUGUUGGAGUUCAGCGAGUUCCUCCUGCUGUCCCAGACAUCCAGCCUCACCCUGUCCUUGUCCGGCAUAGUGAAGGAGAUAUGUACGUUGGGCCUGGCUGCUGAGAUCAAUGGGGACCUGAUGAACUCAGUGAACGUCACCGGUCUCUUCGUGUGUUUGUGUGGGAUCACAUUACACGUGGUACUCAAGGCUGUGUACAAUACUCAAGAGAGCAAGAGGCGGGUGUUGGAGCGGACGCCAGAGUCAGUGGAGAUGCUGACCAGGGAUGGGGAGGCCAACGCGGACGACGAGGUGGAUUUGUUUAAUGUGAAGCGGGACAGAUAACCCUGAGUGAGUGAGUGAGUGAGUGAGUGAGUGAGUUACAUUGCUUCUAGCAGGAUACCAUCGAUAUCACGGCGGGGACACCGGUUAUAUAUGUAUGUGUGUACAUGAAGUGUGAACAGUGUGUUUGUGUGAACAGUGUGUGUGAACAGUGUGUGUGUGAACAGUGUGUGUGUGAACAGUGUU